AUGUCGGCUCAAGAUACUGCCGCGGAAGCAGAUGAGUUCUGGUUGUUUGGAUAUGGGAGCUUGAUCUGGAAACCUCCUCCGCAUUUUGGUCCAGAUAGGCGAAUCCCAGGUUGGGUGACGGGUUAUGUCCGAAGGUUCUGGCAGGACCACCGCGGCACCCCCGAAGCCCCGGGCCGCGUCGUCACGCUGAUCUCGCGCUCCUACUGGGAGCAGCUGACCGACCACCAUGACUCGGCCCCGGACAAGGUCUGGGGCGUGGCCUACCGCAUCACGCCCGACCGCGUCGCCGAGGUCAAGGAGUACCUCGACAUCCGCGAGAUCAACGGGUACACGAUCCACUACACGCCCUUCCACCCUGCUGCCACCGCCGCCCCUACCAACCCGGCCCAGCACCCACAUGACCACCACCACCACCACCACCCCGGCCCGAUCCGGACGCUAGUCUACAUCGGCACGCCCGACAACGACCAGUUCGUCGGCCCGCAAGACCCACAGCAGCUCGCCGAGCACAUCUACCGCAGCACUGGGCCGAGCGGGCCGAACCGGGACUACCUGUGGGGGCUGGAGGCGGCGCUGGACGAACUGAGCCCGGAGAGCGGCGACGAGCACGUCACGGACCUGUCGAACCGGCUCCGGGCGGUCGCCGCUCGCGAGGAGGCCGCGGCGGCGGAAGGGAAGAAGGCUCCAGGCGUGGAGGAGGCGAUCCCGGGCCCGCCCGCUCCUGUCGACGUCGGCGUCGGCGUCACUACCGGUCCGGAACAACCGCCAUCGUUGCCAUCGCCGUCGGUGCUGCGGCGGGAGCAGCAACAUCAUGAGCAGCAUCACGACUUCAGAAAGGUCAGCAGCAUAGACGAGCAGGAGGAGACGGAGAAGACUUCGUGA